GCAGAGCCAUGCGCACAGCAAAAUAUCACAGUAUGGAGUGGCACGCUCCAGUCGCCUAAUUACCCAUCCCACUACUCAAAAAAUAUGGACUGUUACUGGCUGAUUCGAGUUGCUGAAGGAAACAACAUUGAAAUAGAUUUUCAAGAUUUAUCGGUGAGAAUAAAAAGAAAGGAAUGACUAACGUUAAGUUUGUAAAUCUUCAGCAUUUUAUAAUGCUUUAAUUGUAUUUAUGGUAUUUUGUCCAUGAAUAUUUAUGUGAAAAUCCUGGACGCUGAAGCCGGCGUUUUGUCAACUCAUUUCUUCUUUAAAUGGAAACGAGUUUAACUUUAUCUUAAGUUAUUUUAGACGUCAAUUGGUCCAACUCACAUUCUUCCUUUGCAGAUUGGCCUUUUACUUUCCAAGUUUACUACAAUAACAGCUAAGGACAGGUUAUGUUUGUCUCCCAACAAAAGAUUACGGCCCGUUUUGGUUUCAGUAUUGACGCCAUGCUUCUGUGGGUGGUUUUAAAGAGUAUAUUUAACAAUUAUUCGCCGAAGGCGAAGUUAAUAUUGUUGAAUAAUCCCGGGGAUUAUUCAACAAUAUUAACUGAGCCUGAGGUGAAUAAUUGUUUUAGUAUAUUCACACGAAGUGAUCUCAACAGAAUCAGAAAGGAAACCAUUAAAAAACGGUUAGUUUGAAUGACGGGUGAGUUCAUGCGUGAACACGAAGCCGUAAACAGCGGAUGCACAAAAGUUAGAUCUUUACAGUAUCUUCAAAAAUGGCAAAUGAUAGUUUUAAUCUUUUUGUAUCGAGUUUUGUAAGCUUUAGCAUCAACGGUUUAAAAGAAACGCCGAAAAUUUAUAUUACUACCCGAUUCUAAGAAGAAGAGCCUUAUUUGUUUCUUUCAACUCACCGUGAAUGAGAAAGUUUUCUUUGUCGCUUCUUGCAAAUGCUGUCAACAGCGGCUACGAUCAAGGUGAGCGUUGUUUAUCUCCAAUGUUCUUUGCUUUGUUAACUUGCUGGCACGUACAAUUUUCGAAAAUAUUUGCCUUCCUCUUUUCUCCAUGAAUUAACUUCUAUUUAUAGGCAAAAUUGGUCUUGCGAGAAAAUCCCGAAAUCAUAAAAGUGACAAAGCGGCCUCGUUUUCCUCUGUCGUGGUAAACAUAGCUUCGAGUCAGCUACAGUUAACCACUUCACAGUAGAUCACGCUGUUUAAACACCAUGAAGUCUUUUCUUGCCUUCAAAGUCAUCAGCACUUGGAUAUUCGUGUAUUUUCAAAAAGGCUUCACUAUGAAACUUUGGCAAAACACCCAGUUCACGACAGCGAUUUUGUUCUGCUUGAUAUUCACCGCCUAGCGCGGUGAAUAUAACGUCAUAGUCCGAAAUAGCGAACCAAUCAGAUUGCUUGAAUUACCAAGAUCACUGAGUGUGAAUGUACUAAAGCUGUAUAUAAUACAUAGAGUAAUUUUCUCUUCUCUCCUUUGAUUUCAGAUGACAGCGUAUCCAGAUCGUACGGUAUGGAUUAUGUUUCCGCUGUUACUCCAAUUACUGUGAAUAUAUCAUGAAUUAUUACUAGACAAAGUAGGCAAGGAUCCUGUAAGAAAACCACACGUAUAUUAAUUGAUCUCUACAUGUAAAAGCUGAUGCUACUGGGACGAUAUUUGCAUCGAUAUUGGGAAAGUGAAUUCUUUAAAAAAAAACAAUUCCCUCUGCGACUGGUAACGUGAAUUGAAAAGGAGAUUUCGUCUUAUGGAGUAGCUGGGACGAAAGAAGAUAAAAUCACGUCCAGUUUUAGUUAGUUGACGAUAUUCAUUUGUCUUAAGAUUGUUAAUAACCUAACUCCACCAUAUCUUUAAAAAAUUCUUCCGGCUAGAGUCUAGGAACCCACUUUUCUUUGCGUUUCUCUCAACUCUUGUCAGUUUAUCUAUUCGUGGUGCGUGUUGCCGGCCUAUAUCAUAGAGUAAAUCAUGGAGUUAUGAAAAAUUGACGGUUGGGUGGGAAAAUAUAUCAUUGAUAUCCUAACCUGUGAGCAUACAUAAUAGGAAUUUUAAUUUGAAAAAAAGUACUGGCGGCAGAGCCGGAAGACAAUACGUAGAAUACAGCUUGAAAAUAAAUAAAGUGAAGAGAAUUAAAGUGACCCCUGGGAAUUAGAGCGUAUUUAAAAGAAAAAUGUGUUAUUUCAGUCUGUGUAUUUGUGAUGUAUGAAAGGAAAAGCCGUUCGACACUUCUCCGAGUAAAUUUCUAGGGUACAAGCAGACGAUAAACGAGGCCUGAGUUUUUUAGUAAGUGUUUGUUUAUAGUUUUUUAGAUUUCUUUAUUUGCCUAUGGAAAUAAUUUCAUCGAGGUCACAAUCGGUUAAGUGAUGGCGGAAUCCCGAGGAAGACAAGAUAUUCUCAUGUGUUUGGUAGCCUGCGUAGCAGGCGCUUGGAAGUAGUGGGCACAAGAAAAAACGGGCGCGCGAGAAGGAGACGGGUUUAAUCUGGUGCUCGAGACGUUUUCUUUUGGCUUAAAGGUUUAAAAACAAUUGGACUCGACGGUAGCCUGAGUAGCAGGCGCUCGCCAACGCGACAGUCAAAUGGUUUUACAGUUGAAUGGUUAGACAGGGGUUAGCUUCAAAGAGCGAUACGCAUUUUGAAUCCAUAUGGUUCCAGGCUUUCCUUUCGCCUUAACGGACUCAUCUGGCCCAUGGUCAAAUUAUCAGCUGAGUAUUUACCUCAACGGGCUGAGGUUUUGGCACAAUUAACGGCUCAAUUUCGGCGAAGAAUUCUUUGAUUUAUCGCAUGCGGUACAAAAGUCGCUUUAGACGCAAAACUGAUUUGCUUCGCACCGUUCCUUUCUUUUCUCCCGAGACUAGCAAGCUAGAGUCGGCAGUUGUUUGCUCCGAAAAGAAGAAUUUUUACCCGUCACAUCACUUCUGCUGCAUGCAAAGAGAAAAAUUAUCUCGAUGAAGGAGGAUUUGAUCGAUGGACACAUAGACAUCUCGUAUUCCUCUAGAUUCACCACUAAAACGCUCUGGAACGAGACGUUGAUGAAUACUUCCACAAGAAAAAGACAUCUAGCAUAUAAAAAUAGCCAUUAUUAUUAUAAACACUCACCUCGUUUAUAAUCUGUUUGUUCUCUGAAAUUUAUUAGAAAUCUCUUGAUCUCAUCCACGUGCGUUUUCCGUGAUUUCCUCGCCCAGGAGUGAAUACCCUGGAUAAUAAGAAAACCAAAAGACUGCGCAUGCUUCUGAUCGUACAUACGACAAAUUUUGGCUUCUUCCUGCUAUUGUAGAGAAUAGUGUGCUAGCUCGCAUAAGGCUCGCCAGCAACAAUACCGGCCGCUUGGGUCAGAGAAGUAGUUUCUAAGUUCACUAUUUUCCAUUAAACCCCCUAGCUAUAAAUAUAAACAGGAAUGUCAAAUAGUUGUAAUAGAAAGUUAAAUAACUUUGAUCUUCCUGUCAGUGCAGCCUGAGUAGGAGGCAAUGAAUGAUCAACACCUCGCUGUUCUGAGAUUUUUGGCGACCCUUAGCUUCAGUUUUAGGUGAAAAGAAAGGGAGGUCAGAGUUGCGUGGUAUAAGUUAGAAAAUAUUCAUACUAUGACUUACUCUCUGUUUACAAGGAGCCAGUACGACUCCCGACCGAGGAUCAACAAGUUGGGCGUUAACUCUUUAUUGGUCAUUUCACCGUAUAGAUUACUCAUCCAAGACUUGGGACAGUACACUAGGGUUGUUCAUUACCAGAUAUAUGUUACGCACAGCACUGGACUCAGAUUACUAAUUCAGAAAUGGCUCAGUUAUAGACUACUAAUAGACGUCCUAAUUUUGAUUUAAAAUAGGCGGAAAGGGAUGCCAACUGUCCGAAUGAUUACAUUGAAAUCUUGGAUGGUUCGUAUGGAAGCACUGUCCUAAUAGCGCGAUUGUGUGGCUUCAGCUUACAAGAUGUUGAUGAGAGAACAUUUGUUUCCAGCAGUAACAUGUUACUUGUGCACAUGCACACAGACAAUGACAAGGAAAAUAGAGGCUUUUUAGCAAAGCACAAAGGUAUUAAACUACUGAACUAAGUAAACCGAAACCUGGAACGUCGGAGCGCUGAUAUAUACCAAAUCCCGGAAUUUCUGAGCGUUCAAAGGGGUGCUUAAUUCUGUCAGUUGCCGAAAAAGCAAAAUAUAGAAAGCCCUCUGGCAUGGUCUUGACUAAAACAAUAAGACUACUUGCUCUUGCUUUCUGGCAUUCUAUGAGUAUUCGGAAGACCCGGCAACUUAGUAUUUAAUUCUUAUGACGACUACAAGUGUCUUUUCGUCAGUGGGUUAAAACGUGGGCUUUAAGAAUGACGAAGACUGGACCAAAGUCCCCAAAUAUAGCUACUGGAACAAGAUGGCAAACAUUUUCAUUAAAAGACAUUUUCGUUCAUUUCAACUAAGCUUCGCGUUUUCUUGGUGUAACUGCGCAUCACAAUGUAGCGUUCGGAUUGUAACUCUGCUUUGCUAAGUAAUGAGCGAGGCGUAAAGUGAUUUAUACUUCUUGUUCUUUUACAUGAUAGUACAGUUAUUGAGUCAAUUAUUAUUGUCGGCGGAGUCUCACUUUGAGUGAGCUCUGUUUGCUGUUUUCUUGUUGCAGUGAGCAGAGAGGCUUCGGGUCUCGGUUUCAUGUCUUAAGAAUUUGGUCUGUUAUUUAGGAGAGGUUGCUGUUGUGCACCUUCUCGGAUUGCACUGAUCUGACCAUCUCCUCCCAAGUAUGUGUGACAAUACAUAAGGCAUCGCGUUUUUAUAAACUCUUGCGUGUUAUUUUUGUAAGUUUUCUGAGUUGUAGAUCGAAUUGGGGCUGAGUCUUGGAACUUGCCUUGCAAACUUUGCCUACACUUUCGCGCUGGUCUGUCGUUAGUUAUUGACCAGACUAUUGACGAAACGUUUUGCCACAGAUAUUAUACGAUACCCUUUUAAAGUCCUGUGAUCAACGUUUGGUUUAUGGAGGACACCUAGGAUGCAGGAAACAUAACCAGACUUUUUGGCCUGGGUGAUUUUUCGUUGCUCUUUUUGUGUGUUGUGUUUUCUUAGACUCUUCUUAGUACUCCACGCAUCUUUACUGGCUUUCAGUAGUAUUCUGGCGUUCUAACGCUCCAGGUUUCAGCAUAUAUGAGUGUAACUACGCUUGCAAUGUUUUUUUAAAGCCAGCAGUUAUAUGAUUAGUUAUGGACAAUAGUUAACAAAUAAAGAAGCCUUUCAUGUGGCCUGUUAUUUAUAUUUAUUUAUCUAUUAUUAUUAUUUUUUAAUUAUUUGUACUUUAGUAGGUCCACAUCAGUCUCUGGCUGCCCCUUCUAACAUACUCCAUAAAGUAUGUAUGUAUGUUCUGCUGUAAAGCAAUUAAAACAGAAAGGGGCUAGAGUACGAACGAAGUCGAGUGCCUCUCUCUUUUUCUUAAGACUAAUCGUUAUGAAAGUUGAUUCGUUUGCAAUUCAAAACAACGCUAGUAAUAAAUAUUGCUGGUCAGACGCAAAAGGACCCUGACAGCUAAACUAUAUGUUAAAAAAUGAACUAUACAAAUGAAUGAUGCAAAUUUAAGAGAUUACUGCUUACAGAAGGCUCCUAUAAGUAAAGAACUGUCAAAAUGAAAAACUGAAAUCUUGAACUAUGAUCUAUUCAUUUCGUAUUGAACAAUAUCAACAUUAUGUAAUAAGGAGGUUAACAACAGUAAUAGCCUAUGGUAAAAACAAUCAAUAUCAACUUUUUUUAUUUUUUAUUUUUACUAAAAAAGGUAUUUGUGAUGUAAGGCUGACGGCUUUGUCGGGAACCAUCAUGUCUCCAAACCAUCCCGAUAACUACCCAACAAGACUAGCGUGCGUAUGGCUCAUUGAUGUUGGCUACGGCUAUCACACUACUCUGACUUUCCACAAAUUUAUGUUAGAAAAGAACGAAGGAUGUUCAUUCGACUGGCUAUCAGUGAAAGAAGGAAAUUCCACAAGUUCUCCGGAAAAAACCAGGGUUUGUGGCGACGUACUGCCCCCUAUCAUAGAGGCAACUGGGCCAGUGACGAUUACCUUUAAUACAGACGGUGAUAAAGAGUUUGAAGGCUUUGAUAUCACAUAUCAGGCAAAAGGUAAAACCAAAACCAAACUAAAUGUAGAAAAAUUACAAUCUAGCGGCAGAUAUCUGAUAUGGUGCAGCAGAGGUCAAAAAACAUACAAAAAAUUCGUUGCUAAUUCUGUACUCUUCAUCCCUUUUGAAAUUAAAAGAAGCAUUUCCACAAAAUAACGUUUGGUACUUUUACAAACAUCACCUCGACAUCUAAAAAAUACCUCAAAAAGGCUGCAUCUCCUUGGCGGAAGCAGGAAAGCUUAAACAAUAAUGCAAGAGUUGGCUUCGAGUUUAGACCUCUAAGUUAUAUUUAGAAAUUUGCUUUCAUUGCUCAGAUUAUCUAGAUAAGAGUAAAUUGUUAAAAUGGAUUAUCUACACCUGAGACUCGUGUGUAACUGAAGAGGUCAGUGUGAACUAAGGUAAACUUUAUUAAAACUCCAGUGCUUUGAAACGCUAGCACUUCCUAAGCUUUUGUGGUUAAUAUUAAGGCAUUAUGCGCCUUUAUGUCUAAAUCAUCUUGGAAUUUUUCCACAUUUGCUUUUUAUUCCCUCGCAGUAAAACGUGUUGAAUAAUAAUAAUAUUUGAAACCACUUUUUAUUACCUUUGAUUUAAUUUAAUUGUUUUUGACUCAUUUCCAUAACUCAUUCUUGAAACUCGCUGUAACAGUUUAUCUAUGAUGCCGAGUUCUCCACGGUUAAAAAAAUUAUUUCAUUUUGGAAAAAUUUCGGACCUGUCGACGGUUUUUUGUUCUUUUUAGGAUGAACAUUUUUCUGCAUAUUUUGUUAAAUUUUUGAAUUUUCAGUAAUUUUCAAAUGGAAGGCCCGUUUUGUUUACGAUUUCUUGUUUAUUAGUAUUCUUUGUAUAAAAUGUUGAUCCUAAUCAGCGUCACAUUUUUUCAGUCAUUCAACCCCGUAUUUAACCUAAGGGCGGGAAUGAAAAUCCUCCCAGGAUUUUUCAGUUCGCUUAGUUUUACCGGGUAAAAAGGUCCUUACGUGUGAUUAAAUUCGUUAUGCCAAUUGGACCAGUUUGGUUGAGCACCAGCUCGGACAACAUGGAUUCUCCCUCCUCAGUCACUUUGCUCUGGCAUUGCCGUUCUCAGGUCUCCGAUAAUGGGGAAUCCGGUGUCUUCAAGCAAAGUGUGCGUGUGCGUGGUCUUAGAUCUUCCUCUCUAAGUUUGUCCGUGUUGUGGCUGCCACAACACAAGAUUCGAUGCCUCCUCCUUUUUGUGUCUAACACAAUGCCCAGCUACUCUCAUUCUUCUUUCCCUGAUCUUGCUAGAAACGUUUGGAGGUGACCGUACAGAUCUUUAUUUGUAACGUGGCCCCUCCAAGAAACGUUUAGUGCUGUGCGAAGCAUUCUGGUAUAGGCAACAUCAAUUUGCUUUUCUGUACUGUUGGUUAGAGUCCAUGUUUCGCUGCCGUAAAGGAAUACACUUUCUACUGUUGCCAGGAUUUGUCUAACCUCCUUUAA